AUGUCGUCCAGCGGCAACUAUCUGAGUUCAUUCGAUUUCGCCUACCUCUUCUGCUUCCUGUAUAGAACAGCAGCCGGCUCCGCCCUCUUCCUCUCAUCAUCUGCUUCCUCCUUCCCGAUCUGGGGCUCAUCUUCUUCGCGAUUCGUACCAUCUUCGUUUCCAUCUCCGUCAAUGGCCUCCCUAUCUGCCAGCAGCCGCCUCAUGCUCUCGCGCUGCUUCUGCCUCUUCUCCCUCUUCAUCGCCCUGCUCGUGCUCACGUCCCCUGCAGCGGGACAGCAGCAACUGCCUCAGCCCCAGCCCCAGCCGCAACAGCAGGAGGGGGUCCUCCAGCCCGUUAAUGAGAUCAAUCUCAUCUGGUGGGAGCCCGAGGGCGACAAGGACAAUGGCAGCGCUGGCGGGGUGGCGGGUGCCGGGAGAGGAGCGGCCGGGGACUACCACGACCACUUCGUGCGGAGCGAUGAGUCGCGAGCUCCCGCGCCACAGUCCGGCCAGCGCAAGAUCACGCAUGUACCUGCCAGCUCCCGCAGUGCCGACGAGUACGAGUUCGUCCCCGAAAGUCGAAGGGUGGUUCGCAAGGGCGACCACGCUGGCGACGCGGAGGGGACGCUCAUGAGCGCCGGGGCCAGCACCGUGAUGACCCUGCCCCAGCUCGUCAUCGUGCCGCCAUUCCUGGACUUCAAGGAGAGAGCACUAUGCAUGCCCGCUGUGGAAGCGGUCAGCAUUAUCAACACCUCGGAGCAGGAGGAGUUGCACCUCUUCUCGAUAUCUACGGACAGCGUGCACUUCCACUCCUCCUUCUUCAAGCAGUCGGUGAUACCUCCGCUGGGCAACACCACCGUUUCCAUCGUCUUCUUGCCGAGGACCGUGGGACCCGUGGAGAACCAACUCGUCGUGCAGACCUCCGUUGGCCAUCUGGUCUAUCAGGUGUACGGGCAGGGCAUCCUCAACCCGUACCGACUGCAGCCCUUCGUAGGAGCGAAGGUGCCCGCGGACGUGACCUACCGGCCACCGAUCGAGAUCUACAACCCGCACGACACCCCGCUCCACGUGACGGAGAUCUUCACCUCGGGCGGGUUCCUCCACCUCACCCUGCCACCAGGGACCGAGGGCGAAGACACCGGGCAGCUCUGGACCAUCGAACCGCACCAGAAGAAGAAGAUCAUUAACCUGGCCUUCAUGUCGCAACAGCCCGGCAAGUACACGGGCUUCGUGAACAUCAAGUCGGACAAGGACAACAUGAUCCUUCACGUGGACGUCAUGGUGGUCAAGGGCGGCCUGCACCGAACGCCAGAGGAGAUCGACUUUGCCACUCUCGUGUCGCCGACCGACAAGCGAACGGCGUCGCUGCUCCUCCUCAACUCGGGCUCGGCCCCGGUGCAGGUCUCCGAGAUCUACCCGCUCACGCCCGACCCGCAGCUCUUCGUCAACUUCACGCGGGCGGUCAUCCCUCCCGAGUCGGAGGUGGAGAUUGCGUCGUUCACCUACACUGGACGAUCGGAGGGUCAGUUCAACGGCAAGCUUCUGCUGCGAACGAAUGACAGUAAUCCGGCCAACGCCCGGAUGGAGAUUCCCUACAAGGCCCGCGUAUUGCAUGGGUCACUCGGCUACCUGCCGCUCAACACCACGUUCGCGGUGGGCGCGCCCCCGUUUCAGCCCGUGGUGCAGAGCAUCGUCUUCACCAACAAGUUCAACGUCCCGCUGACCAUCUUCUCAGCCGAGCUCGAUGAUCCGCACUUUGAAGUCGUCAAGUUCGCCAGCGGCCUCACCGCCCAGCCGGGCGCCACAUGGCCGCCGAUCACCAUCCGCUUCCUGGCCAACCGGACCGACAUGAUGUACGCGACCGAGCUCGCGCUGGCCACCAACGUGUCGGUCCUGCGCGUGCCGCUCCACUGCUACCACGGCCACCUGUCCUACUCUGUGCUCGACACGACCGAGCCCACCGGGACGCUGACGCAGGUGAUCGAUUUCGACGUGCUGGGAGUCAACGAGAUCCGCACGCGGACCAUCAACCUGACCAACUCGAACCCGGUCAAGGUGGACAUCAAUUGGAUGGAGACUGACGUGGAGGGGCUCGUCAUCAAACUGGACAGCGUGUGGAACUCGCACGGCUAUGCCACGUCGGGCCGGCUCCUCGAGGCCAACAAGCAGAAGUCGGCCACCGACAGCAGAGCUGACGAUGCGCCGUUUCUCGUGCUGGAGCCCGGCAACAGUGCCAUCUUCACCGUUGAAUUGUCGAGUUCGAUCGAGGAACAGCGGGAGGGUUCGAUCACGUUUCAUACGGCGUUCGAGGACCUGCAGAUGGUGGUGCGAUACCACGCCAUCAAGGGCAGCCUCACCAUCGCCCCGUCCAUCAUCCAGUUCGACACCCCGGCAUUCCCCGGCCGCCUGCUCAACAAGGCCAUCACCGCCAAGUCCACCUACAGUCGGCCGAUCCACAUCUCGUCCAUCACGUCGUCCGAUGCGCGGCUGAUCCCGCUGCUCAGCAAUACCACCCUGGAGCCCAACCAUCGCUCCCAGAUUGGCUUUGUCCUGUUUGACGCCUCGAAGGGUCCGUUGGACGACAACUACCUGGUGGAGCCCUCGAUGACGGCGCAGGCCGCCCUCUCGCGACCCGGCGAGCCCCUGACCAAGCGCGACAUUCAGGCCCACCAGCGGAGGGCGCACGCGUGGAAGCGGAUGGAGGACGAGGGGAACACGGAGAUCCGGGGCACGCUCACCGUCAACACGGACGUGGUGAUGGGCUACACGCUGGCCGUGCGCGCCUCGCUCGCGAUGCCCGUCGUGCCGCAGACGCGGUCGCUCGACUUUGCCCUCACCCAGGUGGGCGCGCGAGUGGGCCAGGUCGUGCCGGUGCACAACCCCUCCGACCACGCCAUCUCCGUGCAGAUCCUUCCCUUCACUUCCGAGGAGGAAGUGGACCCUCUGCUGCCGUGGUAUCCGGGCGCCUCUUCGUUUUACCUGCCGCCCGAGUCCCUCGGGCUCCACUCCCUCGCUCCCCACGCAACCGCCGAUCUGGGUCCGGUCUUCUUCGCCCCGCAUUCGCUGGAACACGUGAACGCCACCCUGUACAUAAAAAACAACCUCACGAUCCUCGACUCGGUCGAACUCACCGGCCAAGGUGGUUCCGGACGAUUGCUCUUCGAGGAAUCUGGCGACGAGGUGGGCGAAUUGCUGUUUCAAGUUGAUCGGGCGCACCUCCUGCACUGCACCUCCAAUGAUCCUGGACAUUCCAAGAAGGAGGUGGUGCUGACCAAGGUGUUCCGCGCGGUCAACAAGGGCAAUCUCCCGGUGGAUGGCUAUGGCUUUGCGGUGGAGGACUGCGAGGCGUUCCUGUUGGGUCCGGGCGAGGUGCGCGACGUGCGGAUCGCGUUCCGACCGGACUUCUCGUCGUCGAUGGUCAAGCGGGACCUCCUCAUUGCCACCUCGCAGGGAGUGCACUCGUUCCCGCUCGUGGCCACCCUCCCCUACGACCUCCUCCCGCUUUGCGUCGACUCCCAGCCGCAGGGCGAUCUGGAGGAGACGGUGAAGAACACGGUGAAGGGGUUCAUGCUGCUGGUGUUCGCGAUGAUGUCACUCGUGCUGGCCAAGGAGUACUUCCCGCGUAACAAGCGCGGCUCGCGCGUCAGUUCGCGGUCCAAGAAGCCCAAGGACAAGAAGGCCAAGUUCAGCGAUCCUGAACCAGACCUUAAGGAGAAUCAGACGACCAUCGAGCUGUCUACGGUGGCGCCACGAGGCAAGAAGCUGCCGAUGCCGUUGUCCAUGGGCGUGUCCGAGUUUGAGCGGUUGCUCGAGAUCGAGUUUGCCCAGCACCGCCAGCACGAGAAGGACGAGGCCGAGGCCGCGGCCGCCGCCUCCGCUGUCGACAACCACAAGGCUGACGUCAGUACAGCGCCUGCUGUCGACAGCAGCAGCAGCAACGGUGUCGACAGAGGUGCCAACAACCACGGCAGCCGCGCCAGCUCGGCUGCCUCUGCUGGAGGAAACGCAGGAAAGUCAAGCGAUCGGCACUCGCUCCACGUCAGCAGGGAGAAGGGCAUUUCGGGCACUGCCGCCGCCGCCACUGAGGCGCCGUCGGCAAGCCGCGGCGCGGGUGGUGGUGUUGUGCGGAGGCGCAGCGAGUCGAAUCCGACACCGCCGCCACCCGAGGUGAUGACCGUCUCGCCCGCCGGGCCGCAGCCGCGCUCUACGGGUCCUGCCGCGGGUUCGUCGGGCGAGCGUCGGCUGAGCCAGCGCGGCACGGCCGCGACGGCGACCACAGCCACCACGUCGCCGCCCCCGCAGCGCUCGGCCUCGCUGGCCUCCCUCCCGCCCCUCAUUCCCAUGAACGGCAGCGACUCGACCCCGGCGGCGGCCGCGGCUUCGGCGACGGCCAGAGACGACGUGGGCGCGGCGACCUUCAGCCUCAGACGCAGCCGCGGCGCUGCCGUUGCCGAGGCCGAGAAGCUGGCGAAGACCAGUGGCGGUUCCGCAGUCGACAAGAAAGUCGGAGGCAAGGCCCAGCUGCCACCGCAGCCGACGCCGACGCCGCAGCCGCAGCCGCAGCAGUUGCCGCAGCGCGCCGGCGGUGUCGGCAAGAAAGACGACCGAGGCAAGGCCGAGGCCCUGGACAAGGCCCGGCGCGACCGAGACCUCGACAAAGACAACAAGGAGAAGGAAAAGGAGAAAGAGAAGGAAAAGGAGCGACGCGAGCGGGACCGCAGGGAGCGUGAGGAGCGCCUGCGGCGCGAGAGGGAGAAGCGUGAGAAGGAGGAGCGCGAGCGGCGCGAGGCCAAUCGGCGCAAGCAGCUGCAGCUCCAGCAACAGCAGCAGAUGCUGAUGCUGGAGGCCGAGAAGGAGAACCAGCGGAGGGAGCGCGAGCGCGAGGACCGCGAACGGAAGGACCGCGACCGCAAGAAGUGUGCGGCCGACGAGGCCGAGCGCCUGGCGCGCGAGCGCGAGAAGGAGCGCGAACGCGAACGCAUGCUCGCGCUCAACCGCGCUCGCGCCGAAGAGCGGAAGAAGGCCGCCGCUGAGAAGCGCGAGGCCGCCACGACUGCAACCAACGUCGCCACGGGCGGCAACGACGACGAAGGCAUGGGCGACUGGGUGAUCCUCAACAAGACCGGCGACGCCACCAAGUCUCAGCAGCAGCAGCAGCAGCAGCUCGAGCGCAGCAGCGGCAUCGCCGGCAUGAACGCGAGCGGCGAUGAGCGGCACGCCCAGCGCAGCCUGUCGGUGGGCGGCUAUAGCAGCGGACAGCCGCGGGACGACGUCGUGCCACGCAAGGACCGGGCCAGCACCGCCACCAAGCCGCCGCCGGGCGUGAUCGGCAGCCGCAAGGGGCUGACCGCGUCUAUGCCAGCCACGGCCAGCGCCGACAUCCUGCCCACCCAGCGCACUGCGACCACCUCUGCGGCGGCCGCUGUCGGCACCGGCAGCGUGUCCUCCUUAACCGCGUUGCUGACGUCAUCCGCGCCGGCCGUCCCCGUGAGCUCCGCCGCUCGGCCGCUCGUCAACCCGUGGGCCGAUAACGACCAGGACUUUCAUCGCCACCACCAUCAUGCCAACGGUGACGACGAGGAGUACGGCCAUCGCCACCAUCACCACCACCAUCACGGCGGCGGCGGCGGCGGCGGCGCCUCGUCGCUCUUUGCCGCGGGCGGCUUCGGACCGUUCGCUGUGGGCGCCGGCGCCGGCGGCAGCGGAGACUACUACCCUUCGACGGGCGAGCCGAUCAGCGCGGCUUCGAUCUUUGCGCCCCAGACCGGACCCUUCUCGGCCUUCUCCACCUCCGCGGCCGCGCAUACGUGGGGCGCACCCGCCGCGCACCACCCGCACCACCACAGCGGAGCCGCCGCGCUGCCCGUCGUGUCUUCGCUCUUCUCGCUGCCAGCGCCGCUCGUGCCGUCGCCGCCGGCGUCGUCAUCGUCUUCGUCUUCGGUGUCGGCGCCGACCCAGGUGCCCAGCGGGCGACCCGCCAAGCGUCCGCUGCGGUCGCCGCCCGGGCUCAGCUCGCCGCCCAUCGCCAUCCACGACCCGAGCGCCGCCCAGCCGCAGCAGGAGCGACGCCUGCGGCCCUACUACGAUGAGCUCGACGGCGGCCUCGAGUACGACAACAACGGCCUCGAUGGCGCCCUGGAGGGCGACGAUGCCGAGGGGCUCGACAUGGACGGCGGCGGCGACAACUACGACCCGUUCCUGUCGCCGUCGGCUUCGUUCUUUUCGUCGGGCGGCAUGGCCUCGCAUGGCUCGCCGUCGUCUUCGUUCUUUUCCUUCGCCGGCGCGGGCCUUUCGUCGUCGCCCACCUCGUCGCCUUCGCUCGAGCCCGCCUCCACCCCCUCCUACGACCUCUUCGCCUCCCACCCGCUCGGCUUCGGCCGCCGCCCCCCGACCUCCGCCAGCGACGUCGCCGCCUCGUCGUCGUCGUCGGCCGCCACUUCGCUCGCGUCGGCCCUGUCAGGCUCGGCCGCCGUCGGGUCCCAGCCGACCAGCGCGCAGCAGACCCUGCGGCAGCAGCAGCAGAUGAACCGGAAGGAGUCCUACGAUUCGUACUUUGCGGCGUUCGACGUGGCGCCGCUCGCGCCGCACCACCACCAGCGCCACGGCCACGGGCUGCACCACCACCAGCACUCGGGCACGCUGAUGACCAUCAACAGCAUGCACAUGGCGGUGGCGGCUGAUCUGGACGGCGAGGAGCUGAGCCUGGACUCGUACGAUUCGCGGUCGUCGUCGAUCGACUCGCUGGCCACCAACCCCGACUCGCUGUCGUUCGACCUCAUCGACGAGAGGGACCACCACCACCAUCAUCACCCCGGCGCCUACUACCACGACGUCGACAACGACGAUGACGAGGAGGACACCACCUUCCCCUAA